UGUCGUUUCGACACCGAUUGCAGACGGUUCGCGUGUCAUUCUAUUUACAUCACGUAGGCCUAUUUUUGACAGUGUCGUCUGCUAGGGCAAUUCCCAUUCGCGAUUGGUUCGUAGUGGCAUUGUUGCGUGUGUACCGAUAUUCUAGUGAAGUGCAGGUUAUGUUGUGAGUGCUAGUGUAUGGAAUCCCAUGUUCCAUGUUGCUUCAGUCUGCCUGGACCUCUGGAAUACCCCCUGACCAGGAAGGAGCUGUAGGAAGCCUGGGGGAAGUUCAGGAUAACCUCAAGCCAGGAUGGACCGUGCACGUCACCCAUGACAACCGUCUAUAUUAUUGCAACCACCUGACGCAGACUGCCUCGUGGCUGCCGCCGGCAGACGCCUGGGCUCGCGACAACAGCGGAGGCUUCCCCUUUGGCUGGGAGGAGGCUAUCGACAGCGAUGGAAGAUCUUAUUAUAUCAACCAUGUCAACAAGACGACCUCCUACGAGGACCCUCGCACGGACUGGCAGGAGGAGCCCCCUCAGCCACGGACUGUGGAGCUCACACGACAUCCCCUCCUGGGGUUCGGCUUUGUCGCGGGCAGCGAACGUCCCGUCAUCGUCAGGUUUGUGACAGAGAAUGGCCCCAGCGUGGGGAAGCUACAGCCGGGGGAUCAGCUGUUGUCUAUUAAUGACGAAGAUGUCAGAACAGCUCCGAGGGACCAUGUCAUUCAACUGGUGCGGAGCUGCAAAGAGACUGUACAGCUUGUCGUCUGCCAACCCCCACUGGACAAUUCAACAAGAAAGUCUGCGCUGUUGAGUUCAGCCAAGAAAGCAAAGCUAAAGUCAAACCCAUCGAGAGUGAGGUUUGCAGAAGGUGUGGUUGUCAAUGGCUCCCCUCUCUACACGGCAUCAGCUUUCAGCGGAGGGGAGGGCGGGCUGCCGCUCAUGCCCAAUGUGCUCAAGGUAUUUUUAGAGAAUGGACAGACAAAGUCUUUCAAGUAUGACUCCACCACUAGAGUCGGUGAUGUGGUCGCUUCGUUGCAACAAAAGCUGUGCAUCAAAGCUAUUCACCACUUUGCUCUGGUGCUUGAACAGGUCAAGAGUCUCAGACGAAACAAACUCACUCUGCUCAAUCCAGACCACACACUUGCCAGGAUAGCGUCCCGGCCAGGGUCCCACAAUCUGAGAUGCCUGUUCAGAGUAGCGUUUGUGCCUCGAGAUGCAUGUGAUCUCGCACAGAAAGACUUGGCUGCAUUCGAGUACUUAUACCUACAGUGCUGCAACGACGUGGUGCAAGAGAGGUAUGCCCCGGAACUCAAGUACGACAUUGCCUUGAGGCUUGCUGCGCUACACAUCCACCAGCACGCCAUCUCCAACAACAUUCCUCCUAGCAAGAUUACCGUCAAGCUCAUCGAAAAGGAGUUUGGACUGGAGAGGUUUGUCCCGGUUUCGCUGAUGGAGUCAAUGAAGCGCAAGGAGUUGCGGAAACUCCUCAGCCACUUGCUCAAGUUGAACCAGACGAUGACUGGCACUAGCCACAAGUGCCUGACGAGUCUGCAAGCAAAACUGUACUAUCUGAGCAUUAUCAGUGAACUGCCCAGCUAUGGUGCCAAGUGCUUCUCAACAAACAUUCGUGAUUGCAACAUGGAAACUGUAAUACUAGUCAGCCCUAAGCUAGGAAUUAGCCAAAUAAACGGGAUACGUAACAGUAUGCCCGUUCCUCUAGCUGAUAUAGAGCAAGUAACGCUUAUAAGAGUCCAAAGAGAAGACCAAGUGUCCAGCCUAGUAACUAUCUAUAUGCCAACUGCGAUUCAAAAGGAGUUCUCCUUUAGCAUGGAGGACCGAGAUGCAGAUGAACUAGUUCUAGUGCUGCAAGGCUACUACAGACUCCUGGCAGGACAACAGCUGUCUCUGGAGCAGGAGAAGGACUCCUGGAUGCAGGAUCAAGCACCUCCCUACCACUCUCAGCAUGCAGUGCGACCAGCGAGAUGGAGCUACGCUGUGGACUCGGAGGAAGAACGCUAUGCCAAUUUUGCAGGCUCUCCACCAUACCAUCCUGUGUCUCAGCUUAGACAAAUGAGAAGCAUGAAUGGAAGCAUGACUCUCACGAGAAGUCACAGCGACGUCAUGCAGCAAAGCUACAACAACACACUGGACAACAACAUGAACAACACACUGCCAAGUAAAUUCAAAGACAGGAACGGAUUCUAUGGAGUCGGAUUUAAGCCUAACUCAAGCCCCUUGACAUCCAACAACAAGCUUGGCAUUGACCUUCAAAGUGUCGUAUCCAUGGAAAUACUAGAGAGUGACAGCGGCUUUGCGGAAGCAAGGAACGAGGAGGUGCUGAAGAGGGUUGCAGAGAUGCAAGACAUGGUGGUAAACUCGGAGCAAUACCUGACGCAACAUCAGAGAGAAGCGAGCGACUCGGAGAGUUCUCACAUCUCAUCACAAGACUCGGACAAUCCAGGACAGCUCAAACACAGUGAUUCACUUCUGCUACUGACUCAGGGACUUCAGCAACUCCCAGAUUCUCUUAGUGAAGCAGUUCAGUCAUUGGACCUCGGAGAAACGGAAAGUGACACUGACUCCAUCAGUACCCCUUCCAGCAGCCCUUCCCACCGCAACCCUUCUGGUAAGGACAAAAACCGGGACUCCGACUCAAGCUUUGGACUUCACAGUCCAGACAGCCUAGUGCCUGGGGCAGGACAACAAGCAUUACAGUUUGAUGUAUUCCAGGAGCUUUGGAGGAGGUUACAAGAAGAAACCGCUCAUCUGGGGUACGAGAUGACGGGUGGGAGCCUCUAUCUAGACCCCGACAUCAUAGACUUGACUCUACUGCCUCCACCCAUCACACCAGAAAAGGAGGGUGUCGGCUACGCUCUACCUCCAGAGAUCAGCAUGCCUCCAGUACCAUUUGCUGACCACUCUUUGCAUCUGGACCAGAGCUCGUUAGAUUUGGAGAGCAAAGACGUGUUGAACUUGGACUUGGACUCGUUCCUUGCAACAGUGACUGUUCCCCCUCCGCAGCGCACUGGGUCGUGUUUGGAACUGACGAGUGAACAGAUAAACUCAUUCAUCAUACCUCCUCCCCCUCCUGCCCCCCCUGAGACUGAUAUACACCUCGAUCUGCCGCCUCCACCUCCUGCCAAAUCCAACGGUCACCUCCCCAACGGUGUCGACAUCCCAGACUCAGAGCUUCCACCAAUGGAGAGGAGAGCAAGCACGGGAAGUCGCAAUGUAGCGUUCUCCUGCUGCAGCAAACCGAGACAGCUGAGUCCCGACAACUCUCCGCUCACUUUACCACCCCGGGUGAACACAGCGUCGCCCCCAGGUCGUCCUCCCAAACUUCCACCCUCCGACCUGCCUCCCAUGCUGCCACCACGCAGCGACUCUAUAUCGGGGGGAACACUGACGAGAAAACCACCAUUACCUCCAGUACCCUCUCAGGACGUAUCACUGAAGAACGGGUAUGUGUCACAGAGCAGAGAGGCUACAGUAGUGGUAAGAGGCCUGUGUGAGAGACUAGGUCAGGUGGCAGCCCAGUGUAAUGCAGACCAAGCUCACGGCGGCGGCGCUAACAUCGACGAAGCUCGUUUCCAGGAAGCCAAAGAAGCAUUGACACUGGAAGUUCGCAAGCUGGUGACCUCGUCAAAGCUGCUGGUGAGAAGUAGCAGUACGGCCAACCCGAGUAACUCCCCAUCACCAGACUUUCAGACACACCUGUCCAGCUGCCUCGGGUUGCUGAGGCGACUGACAGAACUGAGCGGCAAGAUGGCCGCCCACACAGCAUCACCUCUGCACACACGCAACCUUGUGCUCAAAGUGCAAGACGUAGUCUCAGUGUUCACAGACUUGCUCGCCACCGAGGGACAGGAAGCUUUGCUUACCAAGCAAGCAGAAAAUCUUGCUAGCGUGCUCGCCACUUUGCUGAGAAGCUUGCGAGUUUUCACCCCAUAACAUAUAACCUCGCCUCAGACCGUUUAGACGAGGAUUGAGGAUGAACAGUGACUGUUGGUGUCUAAUUUAAUGAGAUGGACUUGUAAGAAAUUUUUUAAUUCAAAAUCGUAAAUAUAGUCUUAUCCUCAACCUCUCUAUUUCCUGUCAGUGUUGUUUAAAAUUUUAAAUUGUAAUUUGUUUCUGUUGUAAAAACAUGUGAUAUCUGAAGUCUAUGAACUUCAAUAGUGUGGUUUUGAGCUAUAUGAUAACUAGUGUAAAAAUUCAAAGUAUGUUUUUUUUUUGUGAUAUUUUAAAGAAUAUGAAAUAUUUUAUAGUUCACAAAUGAACAAUCUAAUUUUAUGUUGGAUUCCAAUGUUUAAAACAUAGCAUUAAUCCAAACACUUCAUUUUCUAAUAAUAAAUUUUAAUUUUAAGAUGUUUUAAAACUAAAGAAAUAAUCUCUCACCAGUUAUAGUAUUUUAAUCAUAUUAAUCUUAUGUUACAAAUUCAUACGCCCUUGAUUAUAAACUAUUUCGUGCUUUUCUAUUAUGAAAUGGUUUUCUCCUGUUUGUAAUGCUUAAAAAAUUUUGUUCUACACCAUUUUAUCUCUUUCAGGAUCAGUACCUACACCCUGAACGUGACAAAUAUUUUUCAGUAUAAAUUUUGAGGAUUAAUUUAUUUGUAACUAGACGAAAUUGAAAAAAUCUCUCUUGAUACAGUAUUGUUUAUAUGACAACAAAGACACUUUAAACAGAACAAAUAAUGAAAUGAUUUCUUCUUAAUUAAUGCACAGAUUAGAAUAAGUGUUCAUAAAUUGUAAUUAAUUAUUUAUAAAACAUUAGUAUAUUUAUUUUAUUUAUUAUGAUGAAAUUGUAAAAAAGUCAUGCACUUUCACUCUUCUUCGUGUAAUAGUUGUACAUUCUCAAUGUAUCCUGUUUAUUACCUAGCUUAUAUAUUUCAAUAUAAACAAAUAAAGUACUUAUGGUAUUGAUUUGAAAAAAGUGGUUUUAAGGCCUAAUAUGAUAAGUAUGUAUGACUAGUGCCAUCUCAAUAAUUUUCAAUAUUUAAUCAAAUUUAAAAAGUAUCCACUUCAGUAACAGAAAUGAUAUUUUGUAAUAUUUUGUUACACAGUAAUCAAGUUUAAGUUUAAACUCUAAAACAAAAAUGAUAUAUUUGUUACUGUAACGGUAAAUUAAACAUCACUUGUGGAUAAAGAAGCUCUUCUACAUUUUUUUAUUAUUAAUUUGUUUCUAGCCUAUAGUUUAAUAAUUUGUUUUAGGGUAAAAAACUGUAGUAUACAUUUUUACAACUGUCUAUAGAGCUUUGUAUAAUGCGUAGAAUAAAACAUUAAGUCAAAGCCAAAAAUCUCCAACAACCCUAAGAUAUGUACUUAUUUUAUUUUUACGUUGAUGUAUUUUUGUAUAGUAGAAUAUAAGCUAUCACAUUUAAAAUCACAAAGUAGUAACAAAAGAACUUUACAAACUCUUAAUUAUGUGCUUAUUUAUUCAAUCUGAGUCUAGAAUCCUAUUUUUGCUCUUCCCUUUAAACUAUAAUCAUUAUCUCUUAAGAAGAUGAAUUUACUGAACUAAUUUUACUCAUGAUUUCAUUGAUUUCUGAUCAAAUAUAGAAAUAACAAGUUUUAAGAACACUAUCAUUAGCACAAGACACAAUUUUUACUACAUUAACGUGACUAAUAAUUCACUGCUUCAAUCAGUAUAGUAGUGCUAUGUGGUGGGUUUGCGUCCAGUGCAUACAGUCACUCAACUUAUCAAUACAGUAAACAACAACUCAAGCCUUGCUUCGCUUGAUAUGUUGUAUUUUUUUGUUUGAAAGUCAUAGUACAGGUUAAAAUUGGCUGUCAACCUCUUAUAAAAGUAUAGACAUAUUCAGUUUUUAGACUCAAAUUAGAAAGGUAUAACAAAUUUGUAACCAAAGUCUAUAAGCAAUUUUAAUUAUCAAUAAAUAUAAGAUUUUAAAAAAUCAUACAAACUCUCUAUAAAGUGCAAACUUUGUAAGCUGUAAACUUUCUGCUAAUCUCCUUGUUAAGCCAUAGUACUAAGCUAAAUAAUAUUGUGUAAAGUUUUAUAGACUUGUUAGGUAUAAUGCAGGGUAAUAGGAAAAUUAUAAAACAAAAAAUUUGCUGUAUAUUUAAUUCUAAAACAAACUAUAAGUUGUGUAUUGUUGUAUUUACGGGUGUACAGUAACUUUAAGUGCACGUAAAUACUGUGCCAUUUGAAUUUUGUAUCCAUAGUGUUUAUUGAGUAUGAGUAGAACAAAAUUUGUAAAUUUUUGUAUGAGUUGAGUUUAUUUUAACUGGUGUUUGUCAUUACGAGCUCACUAGUCAUGUUUUAUACCAGUUUAGCCCCAAGAAUUAAGUACAUUGUUAUGCGUAAUAUAUUAUGUAAUAUAGUAAUAUGUAUUAGUUUAUAAAGUGUUGGUUCUUUAAAAUGGAAUUUGUCUUCUGGGCAUAUCUCUUAAGAGACGUUUGUAAAGGCUAAUACAAGACCAAAAUAAUAAACUGAACUGAACCA